CGUAUUUUACGCGUCGCUCGUGUUGGACGUGAUUUUGGCGAGUAGCGUCGACUUGGUCGGAAUCUUUGCCAUUUUACCUCAGGUGUUGGAAGAAUUUCACCGGUGCGGAAAGUCAUCCAGAGGUGGGCGUCGUGUUGCUAACGAAAUCGUGUUGAUUUCUGGUCGUUAUUUAUUUCUGGCGAGCACUGCCUAGGUGCCCAGGUCGCCUGAUCUCCAGACGAAUGUGAUUGAUUUACGAGAGUCAAGCCGCGAAGUGUUUCGGUGUGAAUCGUUCAAUCAGUGGUGUGCCAGGGGGCAAGCAGGCAUAAAAAUUCACUGGCAGAAAAUCAAGACUCUGUUCUCACGUGCGUUCAAGUUGUCCAUCGUGGCGAAAGAUUUAGGAACGCCCCUUAUCGAGCGGUGUUCCUCGAAGCGAAAUCGUUUCUACUCGAGCCAGGAGCACGAAGAAAGUGCGCGCAGUGAGUGUGUGUGUGCUGAUCCCUGUAGGAGGGUUCGAAAGGAAUUUUUUUCCGCUGGUCGACGGUUGGCAUUAAUUGUACACACCGCCGCCGUUAGCCCAGUGCCAAAUCCAAAUAUUUUGAUUGGUGAAGUGUUUGAAAGGUGCCGCCAAAUAUUGCAAAAUAAACUACUAAAGUUUGGAAGAGGUGUUGAAACAUUCAGCACCAGACACUGACAUUCCACGUCGUAGACGAGAGGAGACGAGAAUCGGGUGCUUUAAUUAGUGAAAUGAAAUAGCUCUCGGGUUUUUGGCGUAAUUAAGAUUGAUAACGCAAUUAAUUCUGGGUGAAAGUUUGGCGUGCAGUGAAUUGUUUUCGGUGUCUAGUGAGAUUUGUUCGAAGGUGUCAACUUUGUUCGUGUUGAGUCCUAGGAACAGAAAUUCGGCAGAGUAGAGCUGGUUGAGUGGUGUCCUGAAGUGACAGCGAAACAUUGCAGUUUCAGUGCGUUGAAGCCGCAAGUUUGGGAGCAGAUAACGAAAGAUUACGCCGCCAGGAUGAAGAUGUCAAAACUAUCCAAUCAGACCAAUUCGCAGGAUCCGCAGGCAGUCAACUCACGAGUGUUUGUCGGCAACUUGAACACAUUUCAGUGCUCUAAAACGGAUGUCGAGCGGAUGUUUCAGCGCUACGGACGAUUGGCAGGCAUUUCCAUGCACAAAGGAUACGCCUUCGUGCAGUUCACCAAUCCAUUCGAUGCCCGAAACGCAUGCCACGGCGAGGACGGCCGAACGGUACUGAGCCAAACUCUGGAUGUCAACAUGGUUGCCGAACCUAAACCCCAUCAAACAGGUCGCAAACGUCAAAACAAAUCAAAAACUGGAAACGAUUGGGAUUACUACUAUGACAGUUAUUACGCAUCGACACUUUUCGGUCCUAUCCAGCAGCAGCCCAGCUCCCCUCCAAGGCCACUGAAGCGACAACGAUUGAUGGGACCGAGCCGGCUGGCACUGACGGGUAAACUGAGCAGUGCCGGACUGAUGGCAGGCCCCCAAGGUCCCGCCCAGCAGCAAGUGCAGCACCCCACCCAACAACAACUUCAGCUUGCCGCGGUGGCUGCAGCAACAAGUCCUUCGGCGGCAGCUGUUGCGGCCGCUGCCGCUGCCGGACUCGGCAAUUACUACAGCAGUGCAAACGGGGUCCUAGCCGGCAACGGUCUCAGCAACGGCUGCAUCGCCAACAACGGAUACAUCAACAACAACAACUAUAUGGUGAACGGUGAGGUCAACGGAACCAUGUCCAGCUACACCAACGGGCAGCACGUCGUCGGACCAUUCAAAGUUUACAGCAACCCCGAUACACUAAUUUGCGGCAACUGCCGGGAAAUGUUUACGGAUUUGACCGAGCUUCUUGACCACAAAAAAGCCUACUGUAAGCUACGAUUUACCUGCAAGUGCAUCUCUCCGAUUGUCACUCAAAAUAAAAACAUCCCUCCAUCGGCGAAGCUGCUCUGUGUGGCCUGCAAGGAUUCGUUCUCCAAUCCGUGGGAUUUGAUGGUUCACGCACAGGCAGCCCAUAUGGUCAACAUUUACGAACUGGGUGAUUCGUCAGAUGAAGAUAAAUCGUCCUCGGUGAGUGCCAGCUCCGACUCGUUCAGUCUGAUUCUGCCGACCGGGGAUGGUUCCACCAGUGCUUGCUUCAAACGUUUACCCAACGGUAUCGCAAGCAGCAAUGGCAUCAACGGAGCUCAUCACGUGGAACUGGAUCAAGAUGAUAAGGACAAAUCUUCUCAGCAGAACGAGCUGGACUCGGACAACGGUUGCACAGCGAGCAUCGGUAUGCAGACCGCAUCGUCCACCGAGGACAUCCACUUGGAGAGCGGUGAAUCGAAAGCCAACGGUCACUUGACGUCGGUUACGAUGACCGCCUGCAACGGUACCAACUCUUCGGUGGUGACGCCAGCGACGGUCAGCGGCAACAACGGAGCAGCUGAUUCACAACCAACGCGUGCAUGCAUUAUGACUGCGCUUACCAUCGACACGAAAUCGAACCCGGAUGCCAGCGUCGCCCUCAAAAUGGUUUCCUCUAGCCUGGGCAUUACUUUAGCGAAUGGAACUAGCAUGGCAGCCGCUACCCAGUAAGACACUGCUGAAUCACUACAACCAAACAUGUCAAAGAAUAAAGUAACGAAGCUCCCGGAAAACUGUAAAUCGGCUUCCAGCAGAACUCGCCGGAGUUUUUUUAAACCUGGUAGAAAGCUUAUAGUUAAGAGUAUAUAAAUCCAACAUUGUAUAAUAAGAGUAUGUUUCUGUUUCCUUUCGCCCAGAGCGUAAUUUUAACCGAAACCAUAUGAUAUAACCCCAAUGGUUAGUAAAAAACAAAACAACACAUCAACUGUUCUUCUGAGGAGUGAAAUAUCUGCUGCUGCUGCUAUCCAUAUUAGGAACGGUAUUAUGUAAACUGAAACGUUCUUUCAAACAUUAUGAAGAAAAAAUAUGAGCUUAACUGUCGAUUUCGUUAAUUCUAGUGUUCUCUUGCUGAAAACGUUUAAAAUGUUUUGUUAACUUUUAUUGAUAGGCCAUAAACUACCGUAAAGAUUUUACUAAAAGUACAGUAGCUAGGCGAAAAUGAAUAAUCAAACUAAAAAUUUUGUUAUUAGCUAUAAACGACCAAAUUUCACAAACCAAUGAAAUAGUUGAUUGAACCUUGCAGGACCCUUUGUACAUAUCAUUGCAUUGAAGAAAACAUAAGGAAAAUCUAUGAUGAGUAUUUACCUAAACUUCCUUCAUCAGUUUUAUAUUUAUUUUAUUGUAAAUAAAGUCAGAAGGUAAAAUAAUGAGCUAUAAUUUGAAACCAAUGUUUCGUAAAUGGAAAAGAAACAAAAUAAUCAAAAUCAAAUUGGAUGUCUAUUUAACGAUUCAAAAGAUUACGUUUCCCUCUAAAUGCUCCGACCAGACGACGCCCGAAGAAAAUGCCCGACUGUGAAAAUCAAUUUCGCAAUGCUAAUGCUUGCCGUAGGCUCGAAUUUGUCCCGUUUUCGAAGCACGCGUUAAUUGACUUCGAUUAGUGACAUUCAGACUGACACCGACCUGCACAGGCACACUCACACUCCCACACUCGAGUACACGCAGCCACGUGGAUGCAAUUGUAAAUGGUUCAAUCAGACUAGACUAGACCAGUCAAUCGAUUCAGUUGGGUUGAAAUUUUCUUAUCCCGUUUCUUCGCCUACCGUUGAUUUUGGUUUCAUAGUACUUAACGGUAUUCCACCCCCCUCAGUCAAGCAGCGGUUCAAUGAAAAUUUGAUGAACAACCGCCGCCUACCAUUGCCGGACGCCCGACCAUUCGGACAGCUUGUCAUUCAGCCCACUAAUUGAAAGGGAAAAGUCAAACUAACCGAAUUAGAGUUCACAUUAAUUUUGAUGAAUUUCCAAUGGGGUUGGAUGCCCAAAAGUGACUCCUUCGCCGUUUGUUUAUCAGUCACUCGUUCCGGGGUGAGAGAGGUUAGCAGAUUUGGUAGGAUAAAAUCUACAUAUUUAUUGUGUUAAUGUAUAUUGUUAUGAGUUUGCCUUCCGUCACGUGGCCGAUGUCCAAUUAUUAUCCCUCGACGUCGAACCUGAAGUACUUCAUUUGUAGCAAUGCAACUAGGGCUGAAUGGAAAAACAGAGUACGGUGAGGUGGUCCUCGUUUUUUAUUUUAUUUUUUCGCAAUUGACGAGUUCUAAUUUGCUUUUUAAACUCUUACAAGUUUCGGUUUAUAGAUAGCUCACAACUUACGCUGAAAUUUACAAGUUCAAAGAUCAGAAUGAAAUUGGGGUGAAAACAAAACUAAAAUCCGUAACAAUUGAUUCCGCUAUUUUUACUCGAUUGAACUUACUUAACCUAAUUCCUUACUUUAACUACAUAUAUUUAACGAAUAACAGCACAGCAUUGUUUCCCCUCAGUUUGAUUUAAGUAAAAAAAAAAUUAAUUAUAAAAACCCUAACAACAGUUUUCAGUACCAAAUAAGGACCACCCCACAUAAAACGAAUCCGACUUCCAGUUAGACGAUUUGACGUACAACCAGCUAUCUGACACACUAUAAUAAAUUACCACUUUAGUACAUAUUCGUUAUCUCUGCGUUACAUGUUAGCUGGAAAUAUGUAUAUUUGUAAGCCAAACUACUAGAAGGUAACCAACGGGAACAGUCGGGGCGUAGCUCUUAUCGCCGCCAGCACCUCCUUCCCUAUUGCACCCCCAGCGCAACAGUGCUAGUUAGGGGGGGUUCUGAAAAUAAACCCACGGUGCAACACUGUUCAUUUCGUGCAGGAACCACCCACAUAACGCCUACACCCGGCCCACCACCGAAAUGAAUGAAAACUUUUCGCCCACUGGCACCCACCUUAACUCUGCCUACUCCUAUCGGGCACUCCGUCCGCACCCCACUCGCACCUGUUUGACAUGCAUACCUUCCUACCUACCACACACACACACACACACACUCACGCACGCCCUUCCCCUCAGCACAAAUCGCUGAUAUUUGUCAGCAAACGUGACAGAGAGAAAUGAAUUAAUUAUCCAUACCGCUACCGAAACUAUUAUGAUUAUUAUUGAAUUAAUUGAAAUGUGUAAUUUUAAUCUCCUUAUCACGGGAACUGCAUAUAACUGUGCGUGUAUGGCACGGUUUAAUCCCGGGUGUUGCUUAACAAUAAGUGCUACAUACUACAAGUGGGCAAACAGAAAUAGACGUAACACUGAUUCGCGGAAACGCGUAUGUAAAAAAAUGGACUUCUCCACAACAAAGAAGUAUAUACAUAAAUAUUGUACCCCAGUUGGAGAAGGGAAUUACUAAUGCAAACACGUCGAAGCGGACGAAUUGAAGAAGCAUUGCAAGGAAAGUGUAGUUAUUUAUAUUUAAAAAAAAUAAUCCUACAAAUUAUACAGAAUUGAAUAAAAUCUAUAAAUAGUAGAACUGUUAA